CGGGCGGGGAGACCCACUCGGGAGUCAGCAAGAUGUUCCCCUCAAGACGCACGUCUGCUAUGUAUCGACGCGCUGGCAGCGGAUCCUGCCGGCUACUGGGCAUCCUGCCUUGGAAAUGCUCCCUCUUUCAACUCUUCUUUAUUGUGCUUUUGCUGGGUUUUCUCUCCCUGUUGUGGCUCCAGCUCAGUUGCUCGGGAGAUAUGGCCAGAAAUCGAGGAGUUCAGGCCACAGUACCUGAGAAAUCCUGCACGCUUGAGCCUCUACCUCAGUUUCCUGAUGACCCUUCAUGGGGGCCCCACCGGUUGGCUGUGUUGGUACCCUUCCGUGAGCGCUUUGAAGAGCUACUAGCCUUUGUGCCCCACAUGCAUCGCUUUCUCAGUAGGAAGAAAAUCCGGCAUCAUAUCUUCAUACUCAACCAGGUGGAUCAUUACAGGUUUAACAGAGCAUCUCUGAUAAAUGUGGGCUUCCUGGAGAGUGGCAAUGACACAGACUACGUUGCCAUGCAUGAUGUAGACUUGUUGCCUCUCAACGAGGAAUUGGACUACAGCUUCCCAGCCACUGGCCCUUUCCAUGUGGCAUCACCUGAGCUGCACCCUCUCUACCACUAUAGCACCUAUGUGGGUGGCAUCCUGCUGCUCACCAAGCAGCACUACCAAAUGUGCAAUGGAAUGUCCAACCGCUUCUGGGGCUGGGGCCGAGAGGAUGAUGAAUUUUAUCGUCGCAUCAAAGGGGCUGGACUUCAACUCUUUCGGCCCUCAGGAAUAACAAGUGGAUACAAGACCUUCCAACACCUGCAUGAUCCAGCUUGGCGCAAAAGAGACCAGAAGCGCAUUGCUUCCCAGAAGCAGGAGCAGUUCAAGGUGGACCAUACCGGAGGCUUGACCAACUUGCAAUACAGAGUGGAAUCACGUACUUUGUUGAGUGUGGCAGGAGCUCCCUGCACAGUCCUCAACAUCUUGCUAGAAUGUGACCCCAGUGAGACACCUUGGUGUGCAUUUGGCUGAGGUGCUCACUGCAGACUGCCUACAGUGUUACUCCAGCAGCAGCUGGUUGCCAGGAUUGCAGCUGAACCAACUGAAGACAGAUUUUCCCCCCACAGAAACUAACAGCAGGGCAUUAAUGCCUGUGGGUCAGACGGUUAAAAAGAAGGUUGAAGAGUCACAUCAGGUGACAGGUACAUGCAGGGCAUUGCCUCUCCUGUGUGGAUACUGUAAGGUGACAAUGAAAGCAAAGUUGCUGGCAAGUGUAAAUCAGCUGAGUUACUGUGCAGCCUCAGCCAGAAGGAUGCUGUCUCAACUACCUGAAGAUAUCAUAGUCUCUGCUGGAAGAAUUCACUUGUUUACCUACACUUUAAUUAACUGAAGUCUGAGUGGCAGGACUGUGACUGAAUCACUCUGCCUCUGCCAGCCAGGACUUCACUACCUUGGUAUUAAUGGCAGGAUGGGGGGGCAAAGGCUGAGACCUUGUUUUGGAGACCUUUUUGCUCAGGCAAUACCUAAGGGUGACACUCUUCGAGAAUCAGUAUCUGGUUAGUUUGGUGGAAGACUGCUUUUCUUGUAUGCCAAAAUAUGCAUAGGAUUCCUACUGUGAGACUUCCCUAUGCCCAUGCAGGGGUGUCACUUCUUGCUGUCUUGCACCAACAGUAUAAUUGCCUUCCAUCUUACUGAAGUCCACUGUGGCACAGGAACUUGGAUUUGGGCUCUUCAGUGAUGUAAAGGCUGCUCACUUAUUGCAACAAGGGCAUUAAAGCAAGUGAACCUUGAAAGGACAACAUAAACAGAAUAUGUGUGAGUCCAUUUAGCCAAGCAUGGCCACAUCAUAUUCUUUUGGUUUUCCUUUUCUAACAA